AUGUCAACUACAACAUAUCAUCAGACUCGUGUGCCAAAAGUUCAUCUUCCUUCCGACACAACUUAUCAAUCAUCAAUUUCACGCUCAAGUUCUCGUUAUAAAAGUACUCUACAAGUUGUAACAUCAGCCCGUGAUAAUCAAACAUCAAAUAAUAAUCGACGUCGACGUCCUGAUUCUGAAAUAAUCAAUCCUGUUUCAUCAUCUUAUAAUACAAUUUCAAAUCAUCGAUCGCAACCUCAACAACAACAACAACAACAAAUUUCAUCUCUGUCUCAUCAACCGAAUUAUCCUAUUCCAUUAUCAUCACGUUCAACAUCAUCUUCAACAUCAUCAAAUCGUCGAUCAACAUUAACAGAAAUCGCGCCAAAUUCCUCAUCCACUUUUUCAUCCUAUAUAACAUAUAACAACAAUCGUUCAACAAAUCAAACUGAUGAUGUAACACGUGGUGUAUCUGUUCAAGGUAAACGUUAUUCAAUUGAUUCAACAAAAUCUACUGCAAACCCAAAUAAUGGUUCCACAAAAUUAUCUAAUCAUUUAGUUAUUAUACCGAAAUCAAAAUCAAAUCAAUCCCUUGAUAAACAGCAUCAUUCAUCAUGUCCUGUUUCUUAUCAAAAUCAAAUUAGUUUAGGUACAAUAACUAUUUUAUCUGAUUCAAGUUCCGAUAAUACAAUUCUUCAUCAUUUACCUGAUCAAAAUGAAACAACAGAUAAAUCUCAACAAUCAUUAUAUGAUGAACGUUUACAUCGUUCACCACGAAAACCUAAUAAUAAUAAUCAUAUAAUUGGAUCUCGAUUACAUUCAACAUCAUCCGUAGAAGACAAAAAGAAAAUACAUACACCAUCUAUUCAUUAUACAAUUGAACCUAUUGAAAUUAAUGAAGAUAUUAAUGAUGAAGAUCAUUUUGAUUCAAAACAAAAAGCAAUUCGUGAAGAAAAAAAACGUAAAGCAAAUGAAAAUGAACAAAUAUUAAUCAAUGUUGAUGAAUAUGCAUCUGAAAUUUUAAUUCAUCUUAAAGAACGAGAACAUGCAUCACGACCAAAAUUAAAUUAUAUGCGUAAACAAACAGAAUUAACAUGGGAUAUGAGAGCAAUAUUAAUUGAUUGGCUAUCUGAAGUUGCUGAUGAAUAUAAAUUAUAUUCUGAAACACUUCAUUUAGCUGUGAAUUUUCUUGAUCGAUUUCUUUCACGUAUGUCCGUAACAAAAUCAAAAUUUCAAUUGAUUGGUACAACGGCUCUUUAUUUAGCUGCAAAAUGUGAAGAAGUUUAUCCACCGAAUGCAGGCGAAUUUGCUUAUGUUACUGAUAAUGCAUAUACAAAAAAACAAGUAUUAAAAAUCGAAGAUCUUUUAUUACAAACACUUCAUUUCGAAGUAUCAACUGUAACAACACAUACAUUUCUAUUACAUUAUCUUAAAUUAGCAGAAGUUGAUGAAGUUACCGAAGAUUUAGCAAGGUAUAUUGCUGAAUUAACUCUACUUGAUCCUGAAUGUCUUCAAUAUUUAUCCAGUUUACAAGCAGCAGCUAUACUUUGUCUUGCACUUCACAUGUGUCGCAAACCACCUUGGUCAAAUAAAUUAAAACGAACAACUGGCUAUACAAUUCAAUCAUUUUAUUCAAUAAUGGAAAAAAUUUUCUGGCUUGUUGCUAAAGCACAUGUACAUGAUAAAUGGGCAAUAACAAGAAAAUAUCGUCAUGUAAAACAUCACUCUGUUGCUUCAAUUGAAUUACCAAAAACAUUACCAUAUAUUGAUAUGGAUAAUGAUUGUAAUUCGAUCAAAUAA